AUGUAUAUUAAUUUGAACCUAAUAUGUAUACGCCACAGUCACUUCAAAAGGCUCGUCUGUAUGCUAGGCAAUGUGGAUAAUGAGACGAUUAAAGCCCACGUUAGCUUUACGUUUGAUAUACGGAAAGAUUGCUGUAUUUCAAGCGACCUUUUCCAGCAGGUGAAGGGCCCUGAUGCUCAUUUAAUGAAUGGAAACGAUGUUGCAUCGGAAACCGUUUGGAUCAGUGUUCUGAUCACAGGGUACAAACGCUACCAGCGAUCCAAGCUAGUCAAGUGCAAACUAGAUCGUAAUCUAAAAUCUGAGUGCAUCGAACUGCCGUCCAGGCUUUUCGGAGUUUCAAAAGGGCAGCCAACAGUGGACAUUUGCGAAAUCUGGCCCUACAAAGGCACAAUUCCAGUACUUGGUGAUCUCACCAUUUCCACUCACCCAACCCUUUACGACCGGCUCAUGGAGCUGGAAAAUCCUCGAGACAGGCUGCAGUUCGUGAUGUUAAAAACUGGUCUUGAUUCGACGUCUGUAGUCCAUCUCGAUGAUAUGCUGUUAGAAGGUUGGUGCAGUGUAUUGGGUUGUGGUCCUUACUGCCAGGGUCUAAUCGACACCGAGUCUACGAGCGUCGUUUUCAUCAAAGACGAAGGGCUUUUAAAUGCACCUGCAGAUUCCCUCUCUGCCAAAACCGCAGAUUUGACAUUGGGCAACGGCGAAAUACAAAACCUUCGCUUGAGGCCUCUUUCGACUCCCGUGCAUCCCGACCUCCUGCGUCCGCUCUGUUCGAAAAGCGAAGACGAGUCUCUUUUUGUGUUUGGGGACGCAUCUACAUUGUUGGGUCUUGGGUUAAGCAGUGGUUCUUUCGUCACUUUGGCCCACGAAAACCGAACAAAAAAAGCGAAAGUUAUGGUGUUCCUGGCGCCUCACGACUUUCAGCCAGACACGAUCUACGCUGGGCCACGUCUUAUGGCUCUCUUCAGGGGUGCUGAAUAUAUCAACAUCCAAAAAUGCGUGUUUUCAACUAAGAAGCUUCCAGUGGCAUCCUCGGUCUCUUUAACAAGAGUCGGUUCGUGGAAUAACUGCCAAAAGCUUUUUGAGAAUCUAGUAUCAAAAAAUCUAACAACCUUUCUCACGCAGCGACAACGCAUCGUGAAAGAGGGUGACCUGCUCCCCAUAACUUUUGAUUCCAAGUUAUCGUUAUUUUACUCGGAUGCAAAUACCGAUCUGGAUUUGACUGGUCAAGAUGACUCCAUUGUAUAUUUUAGAGUUGAAAUGGUCGAGCUGGAAGAGAACUCAGUUUAUGGUGAGGAAUUUAAAAUUGAUAGUAAAAAAACCACCCUCCUCACGCAAAGUUUAGUUUCGGAUGCACCGCUCUCGCUUUUUCAGUGCAAUUAUUUGACGUACUAUGGACUUCCCCCUGUUUUCGAGUACAACUCCGCGGUCUUUGAUUAUUUCAAGCGGUUCGUUGAUAUCGUAAAAGUUGGAGUAAAACUCCGGGAGCAGGAGCGCUCAAUUCCUAUUUCGGUUGUCCUCCAGUCGGCAACCGCAGGUGUCGGAAAGAGCACUCUAGUGAGGUCUGCUGCACAAAGACUAGGUGUGCAUCUCAUUGAGCUUGAUUGUCUUUCCAUCAACUCCGCACAGGGGUCUUUGGAAGCCAUGAACAAGACAAUUGGCUAUAUGAAAGCUAAGCUAGAACCUCUAUUGCCAUUUGUCGCGCCCUCGAUAGUCUUUCUAUCUCACCUAGAUUCUCUAGCUCACAAAGAGGAUGAGCAACAAGAUCCUGGUAGCUCAAGGCUGAACAGAUCAUUAGCGCUAGAAUUGGCGGCCUUGAUUGAAUACUGUACGUCACAGGGAGCAACCUUUGUAGUCUCAGUUCAUGAAGCUAGUGGCCUUCCAGACGCAGUGCUUUCAAAAAUGCAGUUUUCCAUUGAGGUUCCUGUGCCGACUGAAUCUCAAAGACGAGACAUCUUCCGGUGGUACUUGGAUGACUAUCAGCUCAAUUAUUAUUCUGGAGCACUCACAAGAUUCAAGCUUGGAAGUAAUGUUUCUUUAUCGAAACUGGCGCAGCGAUCGGCUGGUUUGUCUCCAAGUGACAUAAGGUCCAUCGUUCAAGCCGCAAAAUUGUCAGCGUCGAACGCAAUAAUACAGCACGAGGAUUUCGAUCACAAAUACCUUCUGCAAGGUCAUUUGAUAGAGGUACCAGAGGUCGACCUUCUUUCUGCAAUCGAAUCCGCACGAGACGAGUUUUCUGACUCCAUUGGCGCUCCAAAAAUACCCAACGUUUCUUGGGCGGAUAUCGGAGGUAUGGAGUUGGUGAAAAGAGAUAUUAUGGACACUAUAGAUCUCCCGCUAAGGCAUCCUGAAAUGUUUUCUUCUGGUUUAAAGAAAAGAAGUGGGAUAUUAUUCUACGGACCUCCUGGCACAGGUAAAACGUUACUAGCCAAAGCAAUCGCCACUAACUUCUCAUUGAACUUCUUCAGUGUCAAAGGACCAGAACUACUGAACAUGUACAUCGGAGAAUCGGAGGCAAACGUUCGUCGGGUAUUCCAAAAAGCAAGAGAUGCCAAACCCUGUGUCAUCUUCUUCGAUGAGCUGGACUCUGUAGCCCCCAAAAGAGGUAACCAGGGUGACUCUGGUGGUGUUAUGGAUCGGAUUGUAUCUCAACUUCUCGCCGAGCUCGAUGGCAUGAGCACGGGCGGAGACGGUGUUUUUGUCAUUGGCGCAACAAAUAGACCUGAUUUGCUAGACGAAGCCUUGCUGAGACCGGGCAGAUUCGAUAAGCUACUAUACCUGGGUAUUCCGGAUACUAACGAGAAGCAAGAGAAUGUUCUUCGGGCCCUUAGCAGGAAAUUUGUUUUGGACGAAGACGUGGAUUUGGUACAGCUGGCCGAAAUAUGUCCUUUCAACUACACUGGUGCCGAUUUCUACGCUCUGUGCUCGGACGCGAUGCUAAACGCGAUGACAAGGACGUCACGGGAAGUGGACGAAAAAGUGAAGUUAUACUGCAAAGAAACUGGUAAGACCAUAUCAGUGCGAAACUGGUUCGACAACGUAGCUACUGAGGAGGACUCGAACGUUAUUGUGACCAUGGAUGACUACACGAAAGCGCAGGAGAAUCUCACACCGAGUGUGUCGCGCGAAGAGCUUGCCCAUUAUUUGAGAGUGAAAUCAAAUUUCGAAAGCUCAGAAGUGAAAUCCUAA